AUGAAAUUUAAUUGCACAGAAAACGAUUAAUAAAUUCUACUCUUAUAAGUUUUUAGAAAACACUUUUUUAGCGAUUAAACCUAUUAUUUAAAAUUAACUAGGAAUUAAAUACUAAUGAGUCAAGAGAGUCAAUUUGUGAAAACAAAAUAUAACCUAGCUUUGAAUUCAGAAACACAAUUUGAAUGGGUUGUUAGAAACCAAUAAUUAGUUGGAUUCCUGUUCCCUUAUUAGAACAAGAUGAAAGAGUUUAAUGGGGAUUCUUAAUAUCUGAAUCAAUUAAAAUAAGCACUUGGAAAAUUAAUAAUUUUCAAAUCCCUCACAGUACAUUAUAAAUGGAUGCAAUAUAUAGAUUCAGGGACCUUUGGUUAAAUUUCAUUAUAAUAAAAUUACAUAACUGGCAAGUUGUUUGCUAUUAAAACAUUAAAUAACACGAAUAAAUCUAUGUCAUAUUUAAUCGAAAAUGAAAUUAAGAUACUAAGAACACUGAACCAUCCUAAUAUCUUAUCCUUUUAGGAAGUUUUUCUAACAAAUCUUACAUACUCGAUUAUUACUGAAUUUGUCGAAGGAAAGAAUCUUAAAACUUAAAUCACAGAAAUAUCAGAAUUCUCUGAAUCAUAUAUCCUAAAAUUGCUAAAACAAUUAUUUGAAGGACUCACUUAUAUUCAUCACAUGGGCAUUAUGCAUAGAGACAUCAAACCUGCAAAUAUCAUGAUUACUAAUAAUGGUAACUUGAAAAUAAUUGACUUUGGAUUAUCUUGCUUUUUUAGUAAUUAAUUUUAAGAACAUCCUAAAUGUGGAACUUCAGGUUUUUGUGCUCCUGAAAUUUUACAAAACUUUGAUCAUAAAAUUUCCUACGAUUACAAAGUUGAUGUUUUUAGCGCAGGAUGUGUUUUAUACAAAAUGUUAACAUCUAAAGGUCUUUUCGAUGCAGAUACAUCAGCUGAAGUUUUAAGAAAAAAUAGAAAUUGUUUAUAUUUCAUUAAAGAAUAAGGAAGACUCUUUGAUUUAGCCAGAACUUUCCUUCAAUAAAAUCCUCUCGAAAGAUUAAGCAGCGAUUAAGCAUUAUAGUUAAUUACAUCCAUGAUCGAUAAUGACACUUUGGAUGUAAAUCUUUGGUACAGAAAAUCAUUUAAUUCCAAUCAAUUAACUGUAUCUAAUCUAAGUCCGACUCCCAAAUAAAGUGCUCAUACUAAAUCUUAUCAAAAAACAUAAUCAAGUCCAAAUUAUUCAAGAAACUUUUUCCCUUCGAGCUUGAAAACUGACCGAUGA